GUUUUUGGUUCAAAGUCGUCAUGGCAGUGUGUCGGCGCAACGUGCCCGUUCAACGCAAAGUGAACGACUGGCUUAUCAAGGACUCGUUCAACGUGACCUCACAGGGCGGGGAGGAUGGCGUGAUUGAAAGAGUCUUUGACGUGAUAGGCGAGCACGAAGCCGCCGUUGGAGCGCGUCCUGAGUCGCGUUGGUGUGUGGAGUUCGGGGCUUGGGACGGCAAACACUUGUCCAACACGUGGAAGCUGCUGCACGAAGAGAAUUGGCACGGGGUGCUCAUCGAAGCGGAUAAACCACGAUGCGACCAAAUGGCCCGCAUGUACGCGAACCACCCGCGCGUCCAGUGCAUCAACGCAUUUGUCUCGUUCGACGGCCCCAUGUCGCUGGAUGCCAUCCUCGCACGCGCCAACGCUCCGUCAAACUUGGACUUGAUCUCCAUUGACAUUGACGGCGCCGACUACCACAUUUGGGACAGCCUGCGAUCGAUCCACCCCAAGGUCGUCGUGAUUGAAUUCAACCCGUCGAUCCCGAACAACGUCGUGUUCAUCCAAGACAAGGACAUGUCCGUGUACCACGGCUCGUCCUUGGCGGCUCUGAUCGAGUUGGGCAAGGCCAAAGGGUACGAACUGGUGAGCACGACCACGUUCAACGGCAUCUUCGUGCAGCACCAGUACUACCCGCUAUUCCACAUGCCAGACAACUCGAUUGACACGAUGCACGACGUGCCCAUGCCCACCGAGUUCUUUCAGCUGUACGAUGGCACCCUCAAGAUCACGGGCGUGAAGAAGCUCCUUUGGAAGAAGCAGCCCAUCAACGAAAAGGACAUUCAAGUGCUAUCGGCGGCCCAACGCCGCUUUCCCUUCAUACCCCCCAACAUUGAGCGCGAAAUGGCCAACGCCGACGCACUCUUUCUCGACGCCCAGAAGGACUCGACCAACCGCGGUGCCGUCGCGAGGCACUUUGUCGAGUUGGUCCAGCGGUGGAGUGUCCAUUGCUCGUAUCCGAAUGAAGACAUCCGACGAUUCGCGGGAUAUGCCCUCUCCUUGGGGCGUGGGGACGCAGCGGUGGCAGCGGCCCUGCUGGCAUUUUACGAGCAAACGGCCGACGUCCACUUCAAAGCCAACUCCCCCCAGCAUGCCAUUCAAUGGCUGAAGCAAGCGCUGUAUCUGCCAAGCGUUCAAGAAAACCUCGUGCACAAGGCGCAUGUGAUGACGCGCCUCGGAGAGGCGUACCUUCGACAGCAUCGAUACGACAAGGCCGAGUUUUGGCUCCAGAUGUCCAUGGCAUUGGAAGGCCACGACAAAACCACGCUCAAGACACUGGCGAAAUUGUACAUGAAGCUAGGACACACCGACGCACAACGUCGCAUUGUAGACGAGCUUCGUGCUCUUAAUACAGACUAAUAUGCAGUGGGGUAC